CACAGACAUGCUCAUUCUGCACUGGAUUUAGUGCAGAGCAGUGGCAGAGGGAGUUCCCCCACUGCUUAUUUACCUGUCCCGCCACCUGUCAUCCAGGUGACCCGGCCGUAAGUGCAGGUUCCCUCCACACAAGCCCAUGACCCAAACCCUGUGUAUCCAAGCACGUGUAAGGAAACCCAAGGAGCAGAUCAUUCCCAGCUGUGCAUAAGGGAUGGUUGUUUCUUUUUCCUUUUAAAAUUCUUAAUAUCCUAAAGUAUGAGUUCUUGUAAGUCAGCAUGUUGCUUAUUUCAUGUUUUUAGAUGCUACUGUAAAUAGCAUACUUAAUGCUGAUGUAAAUACUGUAAAUUUGCUACUGCAAAUCAUUAGCUGUUUCUCUUCAGAUAUUAUACUGUUAACAUACCAUCACAGAGUCCUCUAACUAAGGUAUUUAUCUUAACUGAUGGUGAAAAUAUCCAUGCUUAUUAUUGUUAUUUAUGUUGAGGUUUUUUCAAUAUCUUUUCAGGUAGUCUUGGUCCCAGGAAAAAUACUGGACUAAGGGCAUAGGAAUCUGAAGACCUCUGUUUCUUCUAGAAGAGGUGGAGAAGCUAGAAACACUAACACUUAAAAUAUGUGGAGGAAUUAAUCUGCAAAAAGCAUGUGCUUACUGAUGCUAUGGAAUGAAAUGGUGUUCAUUUGCAGAUGAAGAGAAUGAUCAGCUGGAAGGUGGAAAUGGUUAGACAUAACCUUCUUUCUGGAAGCUGAUAUGUGAUUUUUCUUUAGGAGGUUUUCCAUAUAAUUUCCAUACAAUUUUGUGAUUUUAGGAAUUGUCACCUUGGUUUAACAGAAGGUGAUAAAGUAAGACGGAGAGAUGGGAAACCCAGAAAACAUUGGAGAUGCAUACGUUGCUGUGAUUCGUCCAAAAAAUACUGCUAGCCUCAAUUCUCGGGAAUAUCGAGCUAAAUCCUAUGAAAUUUUGCUGCUUGAAGUUCCCAUUGAAGGCCAAAAGAAAAAAAGAAAGAAAGUUUUGCUAGAAACUAAACUUCAAGGAGGCACUGAGAUAACCCAGAGCAUCUUGGAUUAUGUAUUAGAAGCCACCAAACCAAUUUCACCAGCCAAUCAGGGUAUUAAAGGAAAGCGUGUGGUGUUAAUGAAGAAGUUUCCUCUAGAUGGAGAGAAAGCAGGCCAGGAGGCAUCUCUUUACAUUGUUCCAACUGUUGUGAAAGAUAAUACGAAAUACACAUACAGUCCUGGAUGCCCUGUGUUCUACUGUUUACAAGACAUCAUGAGAGUCUGCAGUGAAUCCAGCACACACUUUGCUACACUUACUGCAAAAAUGUUAAUUGCCUUGGAUAAGUGGUUGGAUGAACGGCACACCCAGUCUCACUCCAUCCCUGCUUUAUUCAGACCAUCUCCUCUUGAAAGAAUUAAAACAAAUGUAAUAAACCCUGCCUAUGCUAUAGAACCUGGUCAAACAGAGAGCUCAUUGCACAUGGGUUAUACUGCCCUGGAAAUAAAGAGUAAAAUGCUGGCAUUGGAGAAAGCAGAUAUGUGUAUCUAUAAUCCUUUGUUUGGAUCUGACCUUCAGUAUACCAAUAGGGUUGACAAGGUGGUAAUAAAUCCAUACUUUGGCCUUGGAGCCCCAGACUAUUCAAAGAUUCAGAUUCCUAAAAGAGAAAAGUGGCAACGUAGCAUGAGCAGUGUCACAGAGGACAAGGAACACCAGUGGGUAGAUGAUUUCCCUCUUCACCGCAGUGCUUGUGAAGGAGACUCUGAUUUGCUAAGCCACCUUCUGGAUAAAAAGUUUUCUGUUAAUCAGUUGGAUAGUGACCACUGGGCACCAAUCCAUUAUGCAUGCUGGUAUGGAAAAGUUGAAGCCACUCGAAUGCUGUUGGAGAAAGGGAAAUGCAAUCCAAAUCUUUUGAAUGGUCAACUUAGCUCUCCUCUUCAUUUUGCUGCUGGAGGUGGGCAUGCUGAAAUAGUACAAAUUCUACUAAAUCAUCCCGAAAUUGACAGACACAUCACUGAUCAACAAGGAAGAUCUCCACUGAAUGUCUGUGAAGAGAACAAACAAAAUGAGUGGGAAGAAGCUGCAAAACUACUGAAGGAAGCCAUAAAUAAACCUUAUGAGAAGGCACGGAUUUAUCGUAUGGAUGGCUCGUAUCGCUCUGUGGAGCUGAAGCACGGAAACAACACAACUGUCCAGCAGAUAAUGGAGGGCAUGCGCCUGUCCCAGGAAACUCAGCAGUACUUCACUAUCUGGAUCUGUUCUGAGAACCUCAGUCUCCAGCUGAAGCCAUAUCACAAGCCUUUGCAGCAUAUUCGAGACUGGCCUGAAAUAUUCACUGAACUGACAAACUUGGAUCCUCAAAGGGAAACUUCACAGCUUUUCCUGAGACGGGAUGUGAGACUUCCACUGGAAAUAGAAAAAAAGAUUGAGGAUCCCUUGGCUAUUCUUAUACUUUUUGAUGAGGCCAGAUAUAAUUUACUUAAAGGUUUUUAUACAUCACCUGAUGCAAAACUGAUUACACUGGCAAGUCUGCUUCUACAAAUAGUCUAUGGAAAUUAUGAGAGCAAGAAACAUAAACAGGGCUUUCUAAAUGAAGAAAAUCUUAAAUCUAUCGUACCAAUAACUAAACUAAAAAGCAAAGCUCCUCACUGGACAAAUAGGAUACUUCAUGAAUACAAGAAUCUCAGCACCAGUGAAGGUGUCAGUAAGGAGAUGCAUCACCUUCAGCGCAUGUUCUUGCAGAAUUGCUGGGAAAUUCCUACUUAUGGAGCAGCUUUUUUCACAGGACAGAUAUUCACCAAAGCAAGUUCAAGUAGCCAUAAAGUCAUCAAAGUGUACGUAGGAGUAAACGUAAAAGGGCUGCACCUCCUCAACAUGGAAACAAAGGCUUUACUCCUCAGCCUGAAGUAUGGUUGCUUUAUGUGGCAGUUGGGAGAUGGAGAUACGUGUUUUCAAAUCCACAGUCUGGAAAACAAAAUGAGCUUUAUUGUACAUACCAAACAGGCAGGACUCGUUGUAAAGCUGCUGAUGAAAUUAAAUGGCCAGCUAAUGCCAACUGAAAGAAACGAGUGAUGGAAAUGAACAGGAGUUACGAGAUGGCAUCCAAUGGCUGAGCAAAAAACAACUUGUUCCUCCUCGUAACAGGACUUCCAUGUAUAUGAAUUUUACACAGUAGAAAAGUCAAUUUGUACAGUUUUUUAACUUUGUACAGAAGCUGCAUGGUUUAUUUUUUUAAAAAAACUAUACAACAUAUCUAUUAUUUUUAUAAGUAUUUUUGUGUUUCAUAUAUUAACUAUUGUAGGGCUUGAGCUUAACCAAUAAAGCUGAUGAAAUCUAAAUGGUUUACCAAGUUUGACGAGCAUGAAUCCAGUCAAGCUGUUGCUCCCAGAGAAAUAUGGGACUACCAGUGCCAUUAAGCAAGUCUCAGUUAACCUAUUUACUUUUCAUUGUGUCAUUGUGUGGAACAUCAAGGAGGUGGUAUAUGUUGCAGUAUUUUGUAGAUACCUUCUAAUUUUAAGAUACUAUUGAUAAAUAUGCUUAAAAGACCAGUUACACCUUUGAGCAACUACUUUUGAUAAACUCUUGUUUUUUAUUUGGUUUCUGACAAACAUUUUAGCUCGCUUUAUUUUUACUCUUAACUUUCUCAUACUUUGUAUUCGUAUUUAUUCUAAAAUACUGCAUGAGGAUGCCAAAAGGGAAAUACUUUAAGUCAUUCAGAAGCCAUAUUGAAUGUUUAGCAUGCUUGUUUUGUAAAAUGGAUUUUUACUUUUGCUGUGCAAUAUAAAAUGUAUGUAUGGAGGAGAGGGAGACAGGGACUUACAGAUGAACCUUACUCAGAGGACUUCAGAAAGUUUUAUAAAUCCUACCCUGGAUUGCAACACAUAUGCAGUAACAAAAGCUUAUACAGGAGGUACUAAGUUAUUUCUCUUAAAUUAAUUUUCUUACUAAUUAAUUCAGUUUCUUCAGGCUAAAAGCAGUGCAGGAUGCAGGAAUGAAGAUGACAAGGAAGAAACUGUUUGUAAGCAUUCUGUCUGCUCUUUGUAGAGUCAGGGUUGGGGCUCCACAAGUUGGGUCCCAAGUGUAAGGUGGGAUUCUAUGCAGUCUGAAACAUAUCCUUGUACGUUAAAAUAGAAUCUGUAACACAAAUCUUUGAAGUUUCUGGUUGUAUUUCAGGGUUAUAAGUGCACUUGACUAUUUCUUCUGUGUAAACUGCAUGCUAAAAACAGUGUGCAAUAUUUUGUAAAGAAAAGCUUUUAUAAAAAAUAAAAAUUAGCACUUGCCUCUAAGUUUUCAAAUAAAAGCUAAAAUGAAUGUAAAGAACUGUGCUGUUGUAUAGUAACUUUACUCAUACCUUACUAGUAACUGCAGUUUAAGAAAUUUAAGUAGUAAGCUGUUUAAAACAUGAACAGGAGACUUGUAUUUUGUAUCCUUCUUAGCAAGCUGUACUUUUCUACUUAAACUUCACAGGCCUAAAUUUUCAUGGAUUGUUGAUUUAUUUAAGGUAAAUAAUGCAACAGUCAGGUCCUUCAUCGUGCAUCCCUGCUAUCACUUGGCACUGGUAUCAGAAAUACAUUUCUCUACAUAGCACUUUCUUGUGAAAAUAGAGGAAAAUGUUAGGAAGGUAUGUCAGUUGCCUAUAUAACUAUACUAUCAAUAUGCCUUACUGCUGUGUAGUCAUUUCUGCUACAUUCUUAUUUAUUACUCCCUAAUAAAUUGUUUGCAACAAGUCA